AUGCCCGCUCGGGAUUUCGGAGCAAUGUGCUCGGCACUCGUGCUGACGCGAACGACGAAGAAGCUUGCGCUAGAAUUGGAGAUCGACCCCUCCGAUCACACGAACCGCGAGCAAUGGUGGAAAUGGCUCGCUUAUGGAUUGUUCUCCCGACGCGCUCGAGCGUGCUCCACACUCGAAACCCUCGUCAUCUCUGGACUAGGACGUCUGACUGGUGCUGAUGUGCGUGUAUUCACUUCCGUAUUAGCGUCGCAGCAUCCAGAGGAGACGUUAUGUGGCACGUCUCGAGGCGUGAUGGGGGAGAAGGACGCAACGCUGAUGUGUGGAGCUCGAAUUAGGUGGAAUUUCGAUGAGGGAGUCCAGUCCAAUUUUCUCACGCUGGACACGCCAAUUGAGUUUGUACGGAUCUUCAGUGACGAUGACACCAGCGACUGGGUGAACAUUCUCAUUGCCGGGUUCGGGCGUUGUCAAGUCCGGCGCCGUGAUUUGGAAUUCCAUGAUGAACCGCCCGCAAUCAGGGGUUCUGGUGGUAUCACGUCGCUUACGCUUGGGUUUCCUGAGUCGGAUAACGUGGCGACUUUAACGCUAUCCUCGCUUAUCAAAGCAAUUGGGCCUUCGCUGAGAACGCUGGUACUGGACGGUCCGAAGAAAGUUUAUUCGCGCGAAUUUAAUGAGAACGAAAUUAUCCAGAGCUGUCCGAAUCUGCUCGAGCUGACACUUGCUAGGGAUAUAAUUGAGGUCCAGCUCGACUUCCGCAAAUAUCGCGCGACGAAUACCCCGAUACCGGAGCUGACGGCUCCGUGGUUUGACGUAUUAAAACUCGCUGACUACUUGAGUGCUCCCGAAAAUCCUCUGACGAAGUGUGCCCGCCGCCUGAAGUUCUGCGUCAAGUAUAUUACGAGUCUCCGCAGCAACUUCUGUAUGUCGAUCGACAAGGACGAGAACUGCUCUUUGGACCACACGGGCAAGUCGCCGAGAGACCCCAAUAUCAACAAGACCAACGACCUUAAUCAGGUCUACACGGCAAACAGGAAAUAG